AUGACAAACAGUUCAUUCUUCUGUCCAGUUUACAGAGAUCUGGAGCCACUCACAUAUUUUUUUUAUUUAGUUUUCCUUGUUGGAAUUAUUGGAAGUUGUUUUGCAACCUGGGCUUUUACACAGAAAAACAUGAAUCAUAGGUGUGUGAGCAUAUACUUGAUCAAUCUGCUUACUGCCGAUUUCCUGCUCACUCUGGCUUUACCAGUGAAGAUUGUUGUUGACUUGGGUGUGGCACCCUGGAAGCUGAGGAUAUUCCACUGCCAAGUAACGGCCUGCCUCAUCUACAUCAACAUGUACUUGUCCAUUAUCUUCCUAGCAUUUGUCAGCGUCGAUCGCUGCCUCCAGUUGACACACAGCUGCAAGAUCUAUCGAAUACAAGAACCUGGAUUUGCCAAAAUGAUAUCAGCCGUCGUGUGGCUAAUGGUCCUGCUCAUAAUGGUGCCAAACAUGAUAAUUCCCAUCAAAGAUAUCAAGGAAAAGUCAAAUGUGGGUUGUAUGGAAUUUAAAAAGGAAUUUGGAAGAAACUGGCAUUUGCUGACAAAUUUCAUAUGUGUAGCAAUAUUUUUAAAUUUCUCAGCCAUUAUUCUAAUAUCUAAUUGCCUUGUAAUUAGAAAACUCUACAGAAACAAAGAUAAUGAAAACUAUCCAAAUGUGAAAAGGGCUCUUAUCAACAUACUUUUAGUGACGUCAGGCUACAUCAUAUGCUUUGUUCCUUACCACAUCGUCCGAAUCCCAUACACCCUCAGCCAGACAGAAGUCAUAUCUGACUGCUCAACCAAGAUUUCACUCUUCAAAGCCAAAGAGGCCACGAUGCUCCUGGCUGUGUCGAACCUGUGCUUUGAUCCUAUCCUGUACUACCAUCUCUCAAAAGCAUUCCGCUUAAAGGUCACUGAGACUUUUGCCUCAUCUAAGGAGAUCAAGGCUCAGAAAGAAAAAACAAGAUGUGAAAAUGAUGCAUAA